AACGUGUAUGUGCGCAUACGGAUCGGGCGCAUCGUAGUAAACAUCGAGCGGGCUUUGAAAAUGAAGGGCUGUAGAUUCUUUUCCAACUUUCAUCAGUAUUUCUAAUGAAACUACUAGGGUUAGUUGUCGUUUUUUGUAUUGUGUAGGGUGCACGUGCUUUUUUUACGGGAACAGUGACAGUGACACGGUUUGGAUGUUUAUCCCACUGGAGUUAACAGCACUAUAUAAGGAUUGUCUACUAAAUUGUUUAUACAAUAUAUGAAGAUGAUAGCCAAGCUCGUCUUUCUUCUUGUCUGCUGCGCUCCAACGUGGGCACUAUGCCCGACGAAAUGUACUUGUUAUUUAGACCAUAAAGGCCGAAACGCCGUGGCGUGUAAAGAGGGCGGCGUGGUCGGACCCCUGAAUUUGAAUAACGUCAGUUUAGAUACGGAAGUUAUCAAAAUCACUGCACCGGAUGAUAAUAUGAAUGCUUUAACAAUGAGUCCAGUUUUCCAGAGUUACAAACAACUCGAAGAAAUUCAUAUCACUAAAUCUAAUAUACCCCAGUUGGGUAUGCAUUUUUUCUACGGUUUGAAUAAGUUGGAUGUUCUGAAUUUGUCUCAGAACAAUAUAACUCAACCGUUAGAUCACAACUUUAGGGGUUUGUCGCAUUUGAAAGAAUUGUAUUUAGACGACAAUAGAAUUAUAUCACUGCCCAGUGGAACUUUUCGAUUUUUACUCGGACUUAAGUUAUUGUCGAUUCAAAGAAAUAGGAUCGAGGAGCUCACACCGAGGAUUUUUUUAGAAAUUAGUAAGCUCAGGAUAUUGAAGCUUAGCGGAAACAACUUGAGGGAACUGCAUCCGGAAGUUUUCAAAGAUAUUCAGGAACUUACCUACCUGGAAUGUCGCAGCUGUGCCUUAACGAGAUUAAAUGACGAGGUUUAUCACCUUUUACCAGAUUUGAUUCAUUUAGAUUUGGGAAAUAAUGAAAUAAAAAAUAUAUCACAGAAGGAACUGAAGGACUUACAAAGCAUUAGACAUUUGAAAUUAGAUGGAAAUCUAAUAUAUACCCUGGAUGAUAACGCAUUUGCUGCACAAGGUGCUUUAAAGAAAUUAAAUUUGGCCAAAAAUAAAAUUUAUAAAAUUUCUCAAAUGGCGUUUAGCGAAAAUCACAAUUUAACCGAAUUGGAUGUUAGUUAUAAUAGAAUUGAUGAUUUGGAGUUUCUAAAACCGUUGUACGAUAGUUUGGAAAAGCUUAUUUUGAAUGGAAAUCACUUAAAAAUCGAAGCGUUGAACGAUUUGAUACUUUUAAAUGUUUUGAAAGAAUUAAGAAUAGCCGAUUGUGGUCUAGCCCAAUUAGAUAACGAAAUCAUACCUAAAACAGUUCAAAUUUUAGAUUUGAGCGAAAAUUAUCUAUCAAAUUUGAAUAAAAAUAUAUUUCCAGAUAACCUCACACUUUUAGAUAUUUCCGGUAAUAGAUUUAGUGGUUUAGAAGAAGAUUUGUUGUUAGUGCUAGAUCACGUACCGAAUUUAAAACUGAAUCAUAAUUUAUGGUCCUGUGAUUUGUGCCAUAUCGUCCCUUUGUUAGAAAGGAUAAACAAGAGUGUUGCUUUCCGCGAAGUUAUUUGUGCGGCGCCGUAUUCCGUGAAAGGAAAAACUUUGGAGAGACUCCAACGUAGCGAACUGACCUGGUGCAACUCACCGAGUUAUACCGCGAGUGACGCUAACUUUUUCUCGAUAGGAGAAGACGGAAAAGUAGGGAUUAUCGCCGCGAGCACUUCCAUUUUCCUUCUUUUCCUCACCGCCGUCGCUAUAAUCGGGGCGCUUUGUUACGCCAACCGGCAUGCGGCCAAAUACUAUACCCACGAGGAUAAGAUUACUACUAUUGAAGGCGAAUCGAUUUUCGGAAAUAAUCAAAGUCCUUUGUUUUCCGAUGGCGAGCUAAAUUUCAAGUUUCCUCUGGACUGCGAAGAGAAAAAAAUUUCCAUAGCUACUAUUGACGAGAUUAAAAAAGAACAUUCGAUCAUCAACGGUAGUACUUGAGUCCUCGAUUUAUAGUCCAGGAAAGAGAAAUAUAUUUUUGUCCGUGAUGAACUAGAAUAGAAUCAGAGAAAAAAAUUAAUAAAUUAUCGAUCGAUAUAUUUCAAAAGAUAUUUUAAACAUAAGUCGAAUGUAUAAAAUGUUUAUUUUAUUAUGUGAAGGAUGAAAUUGCUUUGUUUUAAUAUAAUUACAGGUAGAAGUACCAAAAAAAAUGUCAAAAUAAAUUCAUUAGUAUACAUUUUACAUCACUGUACUUUUGAACUUUUGUCAUUUAUCUAGAGAAAAAGUUUUAUUUUGGUUUCUACGUUUUUCCUCCUCUAUACAAAAAUUUCCAGCUUUUGCCGUAACUUAUGCUUGGAUACUAUGGAAAAUCUUUGAAUGGUUUGCGAACACAGGAUUUAAGAAAACCCCAUAGAAAACAAUCUCGAAGAGAUAAAUCGGAAGAAUGGCCGGUCACUGCAACUCACUACCUCAAAUCAGUCGUUGCUGAUCCUGCGUUGUAUGCCGUUGCACUGAAACCAAUGAAAAAUUAUGUUACGAGCCUACAAAGACAAAAUUCUCAAACAAAGCAUUAUUGUAUAUUGCUUGGAUAUUUUGAAAGAUCUUUGGAUAAUUCACAAACACCAUUCCAAAUAACCUCAUAAAAAAUCAUAAUGGUACUAAUCGGGAGAUUGGCCGUCCAGUGCAAAUCAUUCCCUAAACCGUCUUUUUGAAACAUGUUUGAAUACGAAACUGCCAAGGUAAAUACCAAAUUGUCCAGGAUUGGUGUCAGCCCAACAGCGCCUAUUUUUUAACCAUUUAUACAAAUGGAAAUGAGCUCCAUCUCAGAACGUCUCAUACACGUUCCUCUGAGAAUUGCAGUCAAGUUCCGACAGCUCCUGCACAAACUUUAUGAAUGGAAAUAGAUAUUAAUGGAAAAUUCUCCUCACAGAACUAUUGGAAAGUCAUGGUGAUUGCAUUAUUAAAGUUCCCACUCCGAAUUUCAAUUUUACCGCGUUUUGAGUUUUUAUAAAUGUAGUUACCCAAAUAACAAUUGAUUUACGGUUCGUAAAAAGGGCAAAUGGUUCUAAAUUGAAGCGAUUUCGAAAGGCUCGUUGAAUUAGGAUCACAGAACAUCCACUUGAAUAGACUUAUAUAAGCAAAUCGUUAGUUUUGUAUUAAUAUUGAACCUACAAUUAUUGUAAGUAAUUUUGGAAACAAUAAAAUCCGAUUGUAUAGUUGUUUGUAAACUUUGAGUUGUUCGGAGGAUUUAAGAGAAACCUCAAAAGUUGUUUACUAUCACAAAUCACCCAAAACCCGAAAAUAUCAAACCACGUCGCUUAUCUAUAUAUUAAUUAUAGAUGAUGUCCCGAAUAAGCGUCCAAAAUAUGAUAAUUUGGGGCAAUUAAGCUUCAUACCAAGUUGCAUGAGGAGUUAUACAAGUAGUGUAUCAAAUUUUGGGCUUCACCACUUCUCAGCGUCAUAUUUCGGGCUUCCUUAUACGUUUCUGAUCUGUGUCUGUUGUAUGCGGAACGUCCUGUAUAAUCAUGUAUUAUUUAUAGCAACGACUGACAGCUUGAUAACGAUCUACGAUGAAUACAGUGAUUUAUCAAAAUGAUUACAUUUAUUGUAGCCGGAUUUUCUCGAUUUUGAUAAUUUCAUAAUACCAAAUCUAGCAUAUUCAUUCCAGUGUCUUAUCCAUGUGAUUGCUGUCGGAUUAUUUGUAUUCAAAUAACAUUGGAAAUUAUGCUCGAUAUUUGUUUUAUGGACAGAUAUGUUGAUUUAAUCAAAUGAUUUUUUUAUUAUGUAAUUUGAAACGCGUCAAUUAAUAGCGGACUUUGAAACACGGAACCCAACGAAAAAUAUUUUCAUCGAUAGAUGCUAAUUACUAAUGUUCUUUUAUUUGUAAAAACAUUUUAUCAGCUUCGAUAUGUUUUUUUUUCAAAAAUAUUUGUAUUAAAUUAAAUUAUAUAUUAUUUUUUGUACGAAAUAAUGAAAAACUGUUCAAUGAACUUUAGUUUUUCUCUAUUUAAUUUUAUUUAGAAAGCUUAUCUAUUAUAAAAGUCAAUUUAUGCCCACUCCAAAAAAAUAUUCGUAACGACGUAUUUCGCAUAAAGGGCGUUGAAAUAUUCCGAAAACAGUACACAGUAUCGAUUACCUUUUUGUGGCAAAAUUGAAUGAUGUUUAAGUUCAUUUAGAAUUUUACUUAAUACAUCGAAUAUUGAAAAAGUUAUGUUCAAUACUACUUGGUACGAAUCAUAUAACUAUCGCCCUCUAUGAGAGCCAGACAUAAAAACGAACUCAUUUGAUGUAUCAAGUUCCAAAACAUAAAUAUAAUCAAAAUCCUUUCUACCAUAUAGUGUGGUGGCAUCCAUUCACGAAUUUCCGCCAUUCUUUUUUAUUUUUUGCUUUUCUUUUGCAUCAUUCCACGUCAUAUUUUUGUUUUUAAAGAUUUUUGCGUUUGUUUUGUCCCAGGUUGUCUGCCCCCACCAGCUCAGUUGCCUCUUUUUUAUAAAAUCCAAUACGGGUUCUACUUUUAACUCAGCUCUUACUGUCUGGUUUCUAAUACGAUCUUUCCUAGUUAACCCUUUCACUCGUCUUCAUCCCCUUCGCUUGUAUUUUACUCUUUUGUCUGUCAUUUAUGACCCUUGUCUCGCAUCCUUAUGUGAGUAUUGGUCUGUAUAUACACAUUUUUGUUGUCCUAGAUAUUUCCUUUCUGUUAAUAAAUUCGUUAUUCAUUGUAUAAUAACAUUUAACGACUUUAUCAAUUCUUGUAUUAAUUUCUAUAUCCUGCCUACCAGUUUUUUCAAUUAUAACCUCUAAAAUAAUAAUAAUGAUUUACUUGUUUUAUCUCCGACUUAUUUAUACAUAUGUUUAGUUCCUGGCGGUCUUCUGUAAUUGCCAUCACAUUUGAUUUUUUCACGUUGAUUUCCAUUCCAUGAUUCUUCAGCGAAUCAUACCUUAUGUUAAUUUUGUAGGUUUUUCUCUUAUAUUUGCCAUAUUGUGGUAUCCGACAUAUAAUUUUUCGGUGAAUUGGCUACAAUCUUGGAUGAUAUCGUCCAUAAAUAAAAUAAAUAGUGUUGGGCUUAGCCCACCUCUUUGCAUCAGACCGUCGUGUGUCAUAAAUGUAUCUGAUCUCGUUUUUUUACUAAUAUUUCUAAUCAGUUUUUCGUUUCUAUAUAAACUUUCCCAUAUCUGCGUCCUAGGUACAUUGUCAAAUGCUUUUUUUAGGUCUAAAAAGGCAAGAUACGAAUUUUGUUUGUGCGUUAGCUGUUUUCUUCUCGAUUGUUUGUUUUAAAGUAAAAAUAUUGUCUUGGGUCCUUUCCGGAAUCCUAUUAUUGUUAGAAUCCAUGUUAUCCCCUUUCUUAAAAAUUAGUAAUAUCACACCCAUUUCCCAAUCCUCCGGUAUUUUCCCAUAUUUUGUUGAAUAGUUUUUUUAAUUGUUUCCUUUCCUUGUUGUCCUAUCUUUUCAAUCAUUUUAGACGUUAUUUUGUCAUGUCCUGAGGAUUUUCCGUUUGUCAAUAAUUCUCUUUCUUCUCGUAUAAAAUUUUAAUACAAUGUUGCCAGUAGUUGCGGCAAAAUCGUUAGAAAUGUGGAAUUUUUUUCAUCAACGCCCUUCAUUUUGAAUUACGAAUAUUUUUUACCGAGCAAACCCCAAAUAUUUUUUAUCUACCCUAGAGACGAGAUCACCUUUUUUGAAACACUCUAUAUAUAAAACUAUUUUUAUUAAUAGUUUAUUAUAUAAUUUACUUCAAUACAAAUAUUUUUAGUUUCAUUAAUGAGUUUUAUAUAUGAAAAUUUAUCUAUUUCUAGUGCUGAAUGAAUGUAAAUUUUCCAAAUAUAAGUGUAUAGAUAUUGUUUAAAACUAAUUUUGUAUAUUAAAUUAAAUAUUUUUAAAGUGUAAUUAUCCACUUCCAUGUCUAUAUAUUCUCCUUUGAAAUGAUUUUAUUUUAUACCGUGUCUCAAUUUAUUCACCAAAAUAUUGUCAAUCAGUGUUAGUGUCAUAGAAAAUUUCAACAAUUGAGAAAUUGAGACCCGUAUCUUUUCAUAAAUUGUACAUGUACUUAAAUAUUUUACGUAAUAAUAAUAUAUAAUAAUUAUUGUGUGAUUAUUCUAAUAUAAUACUUCCACUAUAAUUUUAGCUUUACAAGUGUUUUUACAUCCAUUUUUUCAUGUAUUUUCCUGUAUGUACAUAUUAACUGUUUAAAUAAAAUUUAAUGUUUUUUA